AUGGUUAUUUGUGGUCUCGAUGACCAAGUGAGAAUUGUGGAAAUACCUCGCACAAAUCUCAAGAAGCAGUUAGUGCGAAACAGAAUGUACUAUCGCGUUUGCCUGACUCAAAACUGUGAAAUAUGUCCAUUUGGUAAGGCAGACGACUGCAUGGCCUCUGGUGUAGCUUAUUUGUAUUUGUGCAAAACAUGCGGCGAAGAAUAUAUUGGCGAAACAGGACGAUCCCUUUGCGUUCGUAUUAAAGAACAUCUAGGAAAUCACAGCCGAUUGUCUGCAGCCGAAUCUGUGCCUUUCGAAUGGGCUGUUGUUAGGGCAGAGCACCUAUAUCAUAGGUCUGUUGUGGUCAUUAUGAGGAGUAGUGACAAUACGAGCUGCCCUGGCGGUACUGGGCGCAGCUAUAAAGGUGUUAGUCAAAGACCGAAUCCCUUGGGACAAGGUCAAGGUUCGACUUCCCAACGGCCCUCUUUAGGGCUCGCAAGCCCCCAAGUCGAAGACACCAGUUACGAGCCUUGCGCUCUAAGGUCGAGACGAAGGGGUAAGAAUCUGUGGUCCGCUUGCGAACUGCAGAAACUGCCACUGGAAGUCGAACGGUACAGACAGGUCUGUGGACGCGUACAGUGGGCACCCCUCGCGCAAGCUUGGGAGCGCUCACGAAACUGUAACGAUGCGCAGCGUAGCAUUAACGCCCUCAAGGCGGCAUAUGCGAAGCUGUGCAAAAGAAAUACACAGGCAACCGGUGCAACUGUACCGUUACCAGUGGUAAAUAAGAAUGUGACGGAAAGGAAUAGAGAGGAGUCAAUGGAGAGGGGAAACCCUAGCCAAGAGACCUCCAUUUCGGAUGUGGGUGGAAGGAGUCAAACGACUCCGGAAGCCUGUGUAACUACCUCGAGGACGUUCAAACUCUGGAGCUUACUACUCCAGAGAUUUGAAAAGUUCUACGCGACAGCGACCACUUCCGAAGACCGAGUCCCAAUAAGGAGGCCAAAGGGCGAAAUCCCUGCGGAUCUUCUUGAGAUUGGCAACGGCAUCUUAAACGCCAAGAUGCCAGAGCGGCUCUCAAAUGGGAAACACUUCCUCAGCAAGUUGAAUGUGUCAGUCUACGCGAUUGCCCGUGCAAUUGCUGCGACGGCGGACAAAAUGAAUAAAGACGAGGAUAGUGUUAACCAAAAACGAACUCUGAAAGAAGCGGUAGAGUCGAGAGGUACUCUCGUAAGCAUGAUUACAUCGCUCGAACAUGAGCUGGAUCGAAUAGAUGCGCGUAGGCGAGGAGAAAGAACCCGACCCCCAAGUCGGAAGUACCUUCGAAUUGCCGAAAUGCAUGACGUGCGCGGUGGAGCAAGUCUGAGGAGGCUCCUGAGGGAACUCAUGGACCGCCUCGCUACUACGCAAAGUACGAUCAAAAAACUGGAGGAUACGAUGCGCAGACAAUUUGUCCGUCACAAAGGAUCCUCGUAUGUUGUCAGGGACCGAGCUGAUCGCGGUACCACUUCGGUAGUACCAGUUACAAGCAUCCGCGAGUACUGGGAACCCAUCGUGGGAGAACAUAAGCUUUUUCAAGUAAGCCCAGCGCAAAAAGAAAGGGCCGGCGAUCAAGGCGAGUCAGAAACUCCGAGAAAGUCCGUAGAGCUUAAUGAAGAGGAAUGGCGGCGUUUAUUCAACAAAGUCAGACCUUAG